AAAAAAAUCUGUCAAACUGAUUGUCCAUGAAAAGCUAGCGUAAUGUUGACAGUUUCCAAAUUUUAAUAAAAUGUCUGAAAGUUUAUCAAAUGCCGCCGGAAAGAACAGUCAGCCACUCAACAGUAAAGAAUCGAAAUCAGACACUCCAACGGAGAAGCGAAAUUUAACCUUCAGCCACUCGGAAAACACUCUGGAAAAUCAGCGCCAAAAAACCGGCAAACAGAAACCGUUGGCCAAAGUAAAAUCCUGGAGUUCCAAGGAGCAUCAUUCAAAAGAUCAGUGCGUUAGUGUCGAACUGGACCUGGCCAGAUCCUUAACCAAAUUGGAAGUGGUUGUAUCCAGCGAAAAUCUCGGAUCAAACCUGCUAAGAGCGCGCGAUAGUCUGGAUAACCUUCUCAAAGAUGAGCAAAACAUGCCCACGUCCAGUCUGGCGCGUUCCAUCGUACUUCCCAAGCCAAAAAACAUGCCCGAAUCUCCCAAAUCCUCUCCGCAAUUGGGCGAGAAAUUCAAAGCUUCCACCUCAUCAAAAGGCCCUUUUUGGGACCCUUACGACCGACAAGGGAAAAAGAACCGAAAGGACCUGAAAAGACGCAGCAAAGGCAAAAGCACCGAUCAGCGGCGGAACCAGGAGAGCAGCAAAGAAUCACCACCCAGCAAACAUGGAGGAAAUGUGGCAUCUGGUGCAGAAACUUCAGGAACCAAUCAGGAAUCAUCCAGUAUAGAGGAAGAGAGCUUUGAAAAGUACAAGUACAUGACGAAAAAUAGCAAAUCCGUUGUCUUCACCAAUGAGGUGCUGGUGGUGUAUUUUAACAACGAGGACGUCGUGGGGGAGGAAAAGGAGCCGCUGAAGAAGGAGGUUGAACAGCAGACACGAAACAAGGAAAUGCGGCGCGUGCAUUUGAACAGAACCCAGGAGAAAUACAAUCUGUGCCUUUUCUAAACAUUUUAAGCUACAUGCGUGGGUGUCGAUAAAUUCGUAAUUUUGUCAACUGUCUACAUUUUCAGUAUAAUAAAUUUUGAGGAACAA